CUUUCCUUCUGAUUUUUCAAUCACACUUUGUCGUUCUCUCUCUCUCUCUCUCUCGCUUUGUGUCUGCCUUCUGACCAUUUGCACACACAAUGUCGUUCUUCAACUCGAUCUUCUCCACUGCUGCUCCGACGCAGACUGGGCUCCAGACUGUGGAGAAGUUGUGCGAUCGGCUUGAGCAUUCAACCCUGCUCGAGGAUCGCCGCAACGCCGUGCGCUCGCUCAAGUCGCUGGCCAAAGAGUACCAGGCGGACGUUGGCCGACUCGGUCUGCAUCUCUUGCUGCACGUCCUCGAGAACGACAGCACGGACGCCGACAUUACACGGUUUGCAUUGGAGACGCUGAUCGCCCUGUGCACUUCGAAACCAAGCCAAGCUGCCAACACGACAGCAGCAGGGGCGCCUGCAGACGACGAUCUGGGCUUGCGUUUCACGGAAGCAUUCAUCCAGAUGAACGACACAGUCUCGCUGCUGCUGUCGCUGCUGGCUGAGAACGACUUUUACGUGCGCUACACCACUGUGCAGCUUCUGACACUGCUGCUGACCAACAGGAGCGACCAGCUCCAGAACUGCAUCCUCGCUGCACCAAUGGGCAUCUCGCGUCUGAUGGAUUUGCUCAAGGAUUCGCGAGAGAGCAUCCGCAACGAGGCGCUGCUUCUUCUCGUCCAGCUCACCCGCUCCAACCAGGCCAUCCAAAAGAUUGUCACGUUCGAGAACGCGUUCGAGUUGCUGCUUGACAUUAUGGAAGAAGAGGGUUUUGCCGAGGGUGGCAUUAUCGUGCAGGACUGCUUGCAUCUCAUGUCCAACCUGCUGCGCAAGAACGUAACCAACCAAAAUUACUUUCGCGAGACAAGCUGUGUUCCGCGCCUCGUGCCCUUCUUGCGCAGCUUGAGCCCGAGUCACGCCAGUGCCUCGGCGCCUCCGGCUGCGUCGCACCACAACAACGGCUCCUCGCACCACCACCACCAGCACCAGCACCACGGACACGAGGGUCACGGCCACUCGCACGACGGCGACGACGACCAUGAAUCGCAUGGACACUCGCAUGCAGGAGGCCACGGUGGUGGCGACGCACAGACUCCCCAACCCGCCCACUGGACGGAACAAAAGACGGCAAACGCGGUGCUCGGCCUGCAGCUCAUCCGAAUUCUUGUUCCCCCAAACAACACCAGUAUCGUCAUCACACAAAAGACCAUGCUCCAGCAUGGCAUCAUUGCGCUGCUAGCCGAAAUCGCCCUCUUCGAGGACCUCCCGCCGCGCGUCAAGUGCGAGGCGCUGAGCACUGCUGCAGAAGUCAUCCGAGGGCUGCCAGCCAGCCAAGAUGCGUUUGCGCAGUGCCGAGUCUCUGUCAACGGUGCCAUUGUGGCCACGCCCCUGGCCCUGCUGUUUGCCAUGCUGGAGCCGCGUCGCGCGUUCGCCGAGCGCUCCGCUGCGCUCUACCUGUUCCAGUCGCUGGUCUUGAACAACGAGGACAUGCAGACAGCUGUUGCGUCCACGCUCCCUGGAAACUCCAUCCCCUUCAUGCCCGCGCGCGCCGCUGCUGGUCGAGGGCAGUCGUCCGCGCUGGGCUCUGGCAUCCACCCGUCGUCCUCAAGCAACAACCUGAUUGCGACUGCCGGUCUUGGCUCUGGUGGUGUCACUCUGGUGGCUCAUGUGCAAGGCGCAGGCGAGCUCCUGGCCAACGGCUUGUUCAAUGCCCAAGAUCCGCUUGCCAACUGGCUGUGCUCGAUUGCGCUGGGCUCGGUGAUUACCAAUAGCACGGUGGCCAAGGACAUGGCGCUGUCCUCCCACAUCUCCGCUCGUCUCGGCGAAAAGCCCCUCUCGCUCAUGUCGCAGUGCACCAACGCCAUGACCCAGGUGUCGGGAACAGGGGCGCUUUCCCGCUCGUCGGUCAGCUCUCCGUCUGCCGCCUCCUCCGAUCCGUCCAGCACGCCGCGCACCCUGGUGGGCCUGCUUCGCCUUCUCUGCUCGUGGUUGGCAGACUCGCCUGCUGCCGUCCGCACAUUCCUGCACUCGACUUACAACCUGCCUUUCCUGGUCGAGCUUCUCGAGCAACACCACUCGACCUCGACUGGCGCCGUGUCCGUUGUCAUCCAAGGCAUGGCGGCACUGCUUCUGGGCCUGUGCUUUGCCCACAACGACGUUGCCGAGUCCACCUUCAAUCGCGCAUCCAUCCGGCUGACCAUCCAAAACCGCAUCAAUCUCGAGACCUUCAAUGGCUAUAUUGCCAAUCUUGGCAGGUGUGAAUACUUUACCAAGGCUGCCUCCAACACGAGCUUUUCAAGCACGAAGCCGGGCGAUGUGUGGUUUGAUUACGAGUUUACCGUCCUGUUCAAGCGCGCGUCCGUCGCGAUCGAACGAGCUCUUGAUCCUGCGUAUGAGCAUCUUCAAACGCUGCCACAAGCACCCUCGGCACCGCAGGGCUAUGCCUUGCCGUAUCAGAACUUUGGCCAGAAUCCGGGCGUGGCAUCUUCGCCCCAACAACAAGGCCAGCCUUCACCAAUGCCACCGCAACAGCAGCCACAGCAGCAGCACCAGCAGCAACAACAACAAUACCAACAGCCUCUGACCCCGGUGCAGCAAUCAACCCAGCAGCCCUACUCACCCACGCCGCAAGCGUCGGCACAAGUUGCUGAUCACUCGGCAGAUCAUGCCCUUGUCUUGCAAAACUUCAAAGAUCUCAUCCGCAAGCAAGACAGCGAGAUUGCGCAACUCCGAGCCGCCGUAUCUCAACGCGAUAGCGAGAUUGCGACUUUGACUACACAGGUCCAAGCUUCCAAGCAGUCCACUCCAACUUUGCCGUCGCAAGGCGAAGUCUCUGCGCUGCAAACUCUGACAACCCUGCAGCAGGAGCACGACUCUCUGAAGGCAGAUCACGAAGCGCUGCUUGGCAUUCUGGCCGAGUAUGACGACACCAAGGCCAAGUACAGGCAACGAAUCUUGGAUCUGGGCGGCGAAGUCACUGAUGAAGAAGAAGAAGACGACGGCGAAAGCGAGCAGUAAUGGCGGUUGCUCUGCAAUUUUGGCCCAUGUCCUCUUCUUUUUUUGUUUUUAUGUCAACAUACGUUUUUGUUUAGCGCGGGUUGGUGUUGUGGAAUUUUUUUCGUGAAUGUCUUUAUUACAGUGUUUUGUUUUCAUUGUCUCUCCACUUUCGUUCGCAGAAUUGUCACUACUCUUGUUUAAUAAUGGCACUUAAAUACAAAUACAUCAAGCAAG